AUGGCGGAGCCAGCAGCCGCGCCCAAGAAGGUCAGCAAGCCCAAGAAGGCGCCUGAGCACCCGCCCUUCAAGCUGAUCGUGGUGGAGGCCAUAGCGGCGCUCAAGGAGCGGUCCGGCUCCAGCCUUGCAGCGAUCAAGAAGUGGGUUGGUGACCACUACAAUGGCAAGCUUGCGCCUGGAUGGGAGCGUCAGGUGCUGGCAGCGGCCAAGAAGGGCGCCGUGAAGGGGGAGCUCGUUCAGGUUAAGGGCAGCUACAAGCUGGGAGAGGCUGCCAAGAAGGCUGCCAAGAAGCCCGCGGCCAAGAAGCCCAAGGCCGCCAAGCCCACGGCAGAUGGGGAGGCCAAGCCGAAGAAGGCUGCGCCCAAGAAGAAAGCCACCACCCCCAAGAAGAAGGCGGCACCCAAGGUGAAGAAGACGCCCACCAAGAAGGCCGCGGCCAAGCCUAAGAAGGCCGCUGAGCCCGAGGCGGCCGCUGAGCCAAAGGCAGCCCCUGAGGCCAAGGCAGCGGCCAAGCCUAAGGCGGCGGCCAAGCCCAAGGCGGCGGCCAAGCCCAAGGCGGCAGCAAAGCCCAAGGCCGCAUCAAAGCCCAAGGCAGCGGCCAAGCCCAAGGCCAAGGCGGCGCCCAAGAAGAAGGCUGCUCCCAAGGCCAAGAAGGCAGCCCCUGCCGCGGCUGAGUAG